ACCUCCUCUUCUCAUUGCCUGUCACCAGUAUCACCGCGGGGUUGCAGUACACGUGUCUCUGAUUGAUCGUAGGCACCACCGUGUAUACUGCUACUACCCCCAGCUGCGUCAACACCUCAAGGAAUUUGUUAGUCAUGGAGGCCUACCAGUGUAGUGUUGGGUUCUUCUUCCUGGUGUUCCUGUGUGUAGGGAGUCAUGCCUGGAUUGACCCUAAUGACGACAGCUGUCCUGACCCCAGCGUCAUCUCUCCCUGUGUCUGCUCCGUCGUACCUGGGAACAGCAGACAUAUUGACUGUUCUGAUGUGAGAGACGAGGAUGACCUGGCCUGUAUUUUCUCCAGCUCUUCCCUCCCCACCUUCAAGAAGCUGACUAUUGAGUAUAACACUCGCCUGAGUGUCCUGAGGGCGGGGCUCCUAGGUAACGCCAGCUUCGAGGAGGUGUACAUCUACGGCGGUGCCCUGGAGGAGGUAGAUAGGGGCUUUCUGGCAGGAAGCUACAACACUGCCAUCAGUAUAGACUUCAGUUACAAUUGGCUGACAGACUUUAUCUUCGAUGAUAUGUCUCUCUUCACUAAACUCAAGUCGUUGACCCUGGACGGCAACAAACUAUCCUAUCUGCCUCCCAUCACCUCCCCAACACUCGCCUCCAUCAGUGUAGGCGAGAACCCCUUCAGUACCUUAGAGCCCUCGACCUUCCAACACAUGCCAGCCCUCGAGACCAUCUCCAUCUUCAAGACUGGACUUAACAACAUCUUGGCAGGAACGUUCUCAGGCCUGGAACACCUCACCUGGCUCUCCCUGGGGGAGAACCUACUCACACACAUACACUCCAACGCCAUCCAGUUCACGGAGCCGGGAGCCUCCCUCUACCUCGACCGUAACAGCAUCAAGUACAUUAUCAUCGACGCUAUUGGAGGCCUCACCAACGGCGCCCUCUAUGUGUACAACAACAAGAUCGUGGAACUGGAGGAGGAUAUCUGGAGGCCGAUGUUAGAGGCUGGCAACGAAAUCGACCUCAGAAAUAACCCCCUGACAUGCGGCUGUGACAUCGCCUGGCUCCUUCACGACCCUACGCUUCUCUCCCUCAUCAAUCACCAGACGAUCUGUGUUGAUGGGACUCUUUUAGUUGACAUAAAUCCUGACGACAUUGAUGCUAUAUGCUAAUUCUUCUCCAGGAUAGGAUAAAAGGUAACACUUGACUGGAUUACUAUGAAUAAAAAUACCCAAAAUUGA